AGUGCAUUCCACCCUUCAAAGGUUACAAAACAACAGCAUCGGCAUAUCAUCUCUCGCUAUAAAUAUCCCUCUCACACUUCCAGAUUCUUCUCUACAUAUAUCCAUACCAACAUUUUUACCGCCACAAGAUAAUAUAGUCAGAGAGAAGAGAAUGUCGUCUUGGGUGUUGGAGUAUGCUUCCAAAGACAACGACAACAGCAGCAGUCGUGAUGAUGUGGAUGAAAAGUUUGAGCUGCUCGGAGCUGCUUCUGAUCCCGCCGAUUCCGAUCUCUCUCUCACCAAUGAUGCUUUCCUCCGUGCCGCCGUCUCCCUCAAAGAUCAGGUGGUGGAGAUGACGUGGAGACGCCGAGGAGCUGAAGGGAGCUUGGACCCGACUGUAUACACUGGACUGAUGGGGACGGCAUUCGUGUGCCUUCGCUCUUAUGAGGCUACCGGAGAUCGCCGCGAUUUGCAGCUCUGCGCUGAAAUCGUCGCCGCCGCAGCUCAUACAUCCAACAGACAUGUUACCUUCCUCAGUGGUAGAGGAGGGGUUUAUGCACUCGGGGCCAUUUGUGCGAAUUACUCUGGUGACGAAGAGAAGCGUGGCUUCUACUUGAACUGCUUCCUAGAGAUGGCACAAGAGAAAGCCCUUCCGGUUGGACCCGAAGAAGGUGGAUUUGGGAUGUCGUACGACCUUCUUUAUGGUCGGGCUGGAUUCCUGUGGGCUGCUCUGCUAGUGAACAAAUACUUGGGAGAUCUAACAGUCCCUAGUGAUCUUCUCAUGGGCGUCGUUGCAGCGGUGCUAGCUGGUGGCCGGGCCGGUGCUUCAGAUAACCCAGCUUGCCCGCUCAUGUACAGGUGGCACGGAACCAGGUACUGGGGUGCAGCUCACGGCCUUGCUGGUAUUUUACACGUGCUGUUGCACUUCCCCUUGUCCGAAGAUGAUAUGAAGGAUGUCAAGGCGACUCUGAGAUACAUGAUGAGCAACCGUUUCCUGCACAGUGGGAACUAUCCUGUGAGCGAGGGAAACCCGAGGGACAAGCUCGUCCAGUGGUCUCACGGAGCUGGUGGGAUUGCUAUAACCUUGUGCAAAGCAUCAGAGGUGUUCCCGAGCGAUAGGGAAUUUCGUGAUGCAGCCAUUGAAGCUGGAGAAGUUUUGUGGAAGAGCGGCUUGGUGAAGAAGGCAGGGCUGGGAGACGGUGUUGCUGGGAACGCUUAUGCGUUCCUGUCCCUAGCCCGGCUGACGGGGGAGACCAUAUAUGAGGAACGAGCCAAGGCAUUCGCGAGCUACUUGUAUCACAUUGCCGGUGGUGGAGACGAGCAUACCUACUCCCUCUUUCAAGGGGUGGCUGGGGCGGCUUGCGUGUGGUUCGAUUUGCUCGCGCCAGAGAGGUCCCGAUUCCCAGGAUAUGAGAUCUAAGAUGUUGGUUGGACGCGCAUUUGUGAAACUUAAUGAGUCUAGUUUAUGGUGUUUGGCUGCGUACCAUGACUUGUAUAGAAAUCAAAUCAAAUCAAAUCAAAUAGUAGUAUUACUAUAACCAAAAGAAGUAGCGUUGUCAAUUUUUGCCUGGAACUAAAUCAAUUUUAUACAGCCUAAUUAACUGAAAAA